CCAUCCCUGUGCCUCUCACACCCACACGAUUUCACCUGCAGUGCAUUAGAAAUGUCAGGGAUUUCAAACAUACACCAUCACUCCUAACUGUGGCAGGUGCAGCUGGAUGAACAAAUACAAGGAACUCCCCCAGCUCAGUUCUUCAGAUGGGCAAAUUGCAAACAGCAGAGCUAAAAAGCUUUUUGGUGUUUCACAAGUCGAUUUAAUUGGAGAUAAGCCAGCAUUCUCAGUUGCCUCUCACUACACAAGAGAAUCCUCCUGAGCCCAUUUGUGAGUCCCUGCUCUCAGUGCCAGCAAAACCCAGAGCCCAGGUGAGGGGAAUGCACAGAAGUGAUCCUAAAAAGAGCAACCCUGAAAGCUGAAUUGCUAUGAGAUAUGCAAUAUAUUUUCCUUGUAGAAGGGUGGCCUGACCCAGUCCUGUAUUUUUCUCCUCAGCAGAAAACCAUUUCCUGAGGCAGCCAAUGUCCAACAGCAGCUCCAUCAGCCACUUCCUCCUGCUGGCACUGGCAGAGACGCGGCAGCUGCAGCUCCUGCACUUCUGCCUCUUGCUGGGCAUCUCCCUGGCUGCCCUCCUGGGCAACGGCCUCAUCAUCAGCGCCGUAGCCUGCGGCCACCACCUGCACACGCCCAUGUUCUUCUUCCUGCUCAACCUGGCCCUCAGCGACCUGGGCUCCAUCUGCACCACUGUCCCCAAAGCCAUGCACAAUUCCCUCUGGGACACCAGCACCAUCUCCUACACAGCAUGUGCUGCACAGCUCUUUUUCUUUCUGCUCUUCAUCUCAGCAGAAUAUUUCCUCCUGACCAUCAUGUGCUACGACCGCUUCGUGUCCAUCUGCAAACCCCUGCACUACGGGACCCUCCUGAGCAGCAGAGCUUGUGCCCACAUGGCAGCAGCUGCCUGGGCCAGUGCCUUUCUCAAUGCUCUGCUGCUCACAGCCAAUACAUUUUCCUUGCCCCUGUGCCAUGGCAAUGCCCUGGGCCAGUUCUUCUGUGAAAUCCCACAGAUCCUCAAGCUCUCCUGCUCCAAAUCCUAUCUCAGGGAACAUGGGUUCAUUGCUGCUAGUGCUUGUUUAGCACUUGGUUGUUUUGUAUUCAUUGUUUUCUCCUAUGUGCAGAUCUUCAGGGCUGUGCUGAGGAUCCCCUCUGAGCAGGGACGGCACAAAGCCUUUUCCACCUGCCUCCCUCACCUGGCCGUGGUCUCUCUGUUUAUCAGCACUGGGGCAUUUACCUACCUGAAGCCCCCCUCGAUGUCCUCCCCAUCCCUGGAUCUGGCCCUGUCAGUUCUGUACUCGGUGGUGCCUCCAGCCCUGAACCCCCUCAUCUACAGCCUGAGGAACCAGGAGCUCAAGGCUGCAGUGAGGAGAAUGAUGACUGGAUGCUUUCAGGAACAUUAAACUGCUGGCCAAUUUCAGCAAAUCACUUGUAGUCAAAGUCAUCUUUUAUACAUCUUGUUGGUUUCAUUUUGGAGGUUCUAUUCCUUUGUUUUA